CGCUCAGUUCUCCCUUUGCACUCGAGCUUGUCGCACGCGCGUUCCUGACGGUCGGUUCUUUGACGGUUGUCGUCGUCGGUACGAAGAAGAAGUCGUUGUCGUCGCGCGAAGUAUCAGCAAGCAGAGCUGAGGUUUGGUUUGGGAAGGAGUUGCGACGAGAAGCGUUGGCGGAAGAAACGAAAAGCCAAUUACUCAACCUCCUCUUCCGUUCUCGAUGCUCAACCAUCCGCAAACGACAAUAAUUGAAUCAAUGCACCGCUCGGUGCUCCUUCAUUUAACCCUCUAAUGAUCGAAUUGUUCGGGACCUCUACCUCAAUUUAUCUUACACACUCACAGAGUCACACACGUGUAGCGCAAACCUUUGCCCCGGGAAUUGAAUUCACCUUUAAUUACAAUUCCACUAAUCAUCUGCUAAUCCACCGCCGCAACAGCCGCAGCCGCACCAACCCCGAUAUAAUACCUCUCAUUAAGUACACCUCAUUAAUCGAGAACUGUACCAUCGCACCGUCGUCGGUCGGGCUGUGCAUCCAGAGCCUGGGCAGUCAGCAGUGGUUUCCUCCGAUUGCCUCACACACCAUCCAUCGCUCGACUCGUCCUCUUCCCUCGUUCGUCAUCCCGCGCUCACGCUAAUAAUGAUUAAUACACACAGCUGAUUCGUCGACCCUCCGGGUCGUCUUCCUCGUUCCCCUCGCGCUCACGCGUCCAUCUCUAAUCCCUCGGUAAUUACAUCACGGUCAAUUGUAUCGAAUUUUUAAUUUACGUUCCAUCAGUAAUUCCCCUCGCCUUCGGCAUGCCCAACUUGAGGAAGAGUCCCUUUCCGACAACACCAACACCACCAUCCAAGUGUGCCUUGUGCGUCCUGUUUGCAAUCCAUCCAUCACCAAUACAGAGUCGGGCGCAGCCGACUGCGACCCGAGUCGAACUGUUCGGCCGGCAUGGCAUGCCUGACUGUCUUGGGUGAGCUGGUCGUGAGUCGUGAGUCGUGGCCGAGCAUGCUCGGUGAGAUGCGAUGUACGGCGCGAUACCUUCCAGAGGUUCGAACGCUGGUGAACGCAAUCAUUGCUCAAGCUGAACGUCUAGCGGAAGCAUCGUGCUGCUGAGGGGUUUGAGCGAUUCUGAGCGUAAACUUGGAUGAAAACAAAGUUUCCUGAAGAAGCUGAUCCAAUCAACGCGCGCGAAGCAGUAGCAAUUGUCACCGAGGCAAAGAUCAUAAAAAAAGCGAGGGGCCUCUCCUCACCCUGCCCGGCGCGACAUCUAGCCGUGAAGAAGUGCCGCCAAAUCGCAGUUGGCGCGCUGAUCGUUAAAGAGAAAUAAUAGAGUGAGGAAAAAAAAAGAGUGCAAACAGUGUUUGGUGUGGGAAGAGAGAGAACCAGCUUCCAAGUGAAAAUAUUUAUAUGAUUUUAAUGAGAAUCAAGAUAAGAAAUAAUAGUUGGAAAAUAAUAAAUAAAGGCAAACAUUAGCGGGCGAGCGCGCGAGGGUUCCGCGACGUGUCAAGUGAAGAAUGGUCACACCGUACUGAAGAGACCUUCCCCCUUAAGCUCGGGGCAUCGCGAGUGGCCAAAUUGCUGAAAUGAAAUAUAGAUCCGCGUCGCGCGGUGAAAAUUGAAAUUUAUUUAGAUAGAUAAAAAUAAGUGCACACACACACGCGGUGCGCCGCAAGGAAAAACGGAAAAAUAGAAAAUUAUUUAUAAAUAAUAGCCAAGCGCGCGCGAAAAUAACGGGCAAAACUGGUGAAUCGAAAAAAGUGCCACCCCCACCUUUAAAAAAAGAGCAAGCAAAACUGCAUCAUCAAACUGCUGCAAACACAGGAAAAGCUAGCGGCGCUAUUGUGUGAGUUUGUGCAAUUGUGUGUGUGUGAAGAAAAAUAGUGCGCGCGGAAAAAUCUAUCAAUUUUAUCAAAAUCCCCUCGCCACGCACCCCUCGUUUUGACGUUCCUUCGGAACCGGGGGGCCAAUCUAAUCAAUAAAAAUAACGAGCCCGCACGAGUCGCAAAAAGUGCAUCGCGGCGAAUGCAACUCAAGUGAAGGCUUCGUGAAGUUUUAAAAAAGCUAAAAAGCUAGCAUAAAUCCCGCCAGGAAUCCCGCCACACUCAAGCCGUCAAGCUGGCCGCGUCAAUAGCAAUGAACCCGCACUACCAUCCGUACCCGGACCUGGGCUCGUCACCGCACUCGCCCAGCCCGGACAACGCCAACUAUCCGGGCGGGAUGGUUGGCGGGCCACACCACAACGGGCACGGUCCCGGGGUGGGAGGGCCGCAGGGGGGUGGUGGCGGAGGAGGUGGUAACCCGAUGGGGGUUAGCCAGAUGGACAGCCAGGCGGUCGGUGGGUUCCACGGGAUGAACAACGGGGCGGGACCGGUGAAGCACUGCGCGGGAUGUGGAGGCAAAAUUACGGAACGAUUCUUCCUGCACGCGCUGGACCGGUACUGGCACAACAACUGCCUCAAAUGCUCCUGCUGCGGCGCGAUGCUCGCGGACAUCGGCUCCAGUUGCUACACCCGCAGCGGCAUGAUCCUGUGCAAGGGCGACUACUCCAGGUUGGUACCAGUUCAGCAGUCACCUCGAUUAUUCGGCUCGGGAGCGUGUUCCGCGUGCCACCAGACGAUACCGGCCAACGAGUUUGUGAUGCGGACGACCUCCCACACGACGAUAAACAACAACAACCAAAACGGGGCGCCAAACAACAAUAACAACAACAACAACAAUAACAACAACGGCCAAACCGUCCCCCAGCACCACGUGUUUCACCUCAAAUGUUUCCAAUGCUCGAAAUGUGGCUGUCAUUUGGUGCAGGGUGACCGGUACUACAUGGUCGGCGGUAAUUUGGUCUGCGAACAGGACUGGCACAAGCUGGUCAAGACGUCCAACGCCCAGACGAACCCGCCACUGCGCAAGGGCAAGGUCGGGCGACCCCGGCGAUCGCGAGACUGA